AUGGCCAGCAACCUUACUUUGAGCUUAGAGGAAGACAACAAAAAAAUUUGUGAAAUUGUUGAUGAUUACUUAGAAAAGCACACUAUUUCUGAAUGGAAAUAUGAAGCUGCUUUGAAAGCACUUGUUGAUAAGGGACUUGUUAUUGAGCCUACGAAUAUCAACUUGGAAAAAUUAGGCAGAAUAUAUUUAAAAGAAUGUCUGAACAAAUACCAAGAUCGAAUUACCAAUUGUAAUACUGAAGACAAAGAGAAAAUUGAAUCAUUGCAGCAUUCUAUUCAUAAAAUCUGCACCUCAACGCCAAUUAAGAAGUUGUUGAAUGUAGCUAGAUAUGCCAGUCAGUUUUUGGAUGAAGCUGUUAUAAACAGAACCCAACAAAAUCAAGGUCUACAAGAUCAACAAGCUACUCAAGCCUCAAUCAGUAAUAUUUUAGACAAUCUGUCUCCUAAUGAAAGAAUGAGAUUUUUCUCUGACAAAUUUGGUGUAGAUGGAUGUUUGGAUUUGAUGGAGGACAAGGUUGCAAACCGGUUCAAACGGUACCUUAAAGAAAGCAUUGCUGAUUUAAAAUUAAACUUACAGCCUAUGAUAACGAAAAAAGAAAGAGAAAUGUUAAUGAAUAUAGCUGAAUGCAAGAGUCGAAUGGACACUGACAGUUUGCUGGCGAGUUUUUACGCUCAAAAAAAUAUGGAUCCCCUUUGCCGAUAUAUUAGACUUGCUUUUGCUACAGUGGCAGAACUCUGGUCUUCAUCUCUUUUAUUGAAAGCAGAUCAUAAUGAAUCGUGGUUCCGUAUUCAUGUUUACUCAGCUGUUUUCGAUAAUGCAUUUAUAUACGAUGAUAAAUUCACUACGAAAAGAACAGACUGCUACUCCAAUAUCACCAAAGAAUUUGAAGAUGUCGACAAUCAACGGGUAGAUUUCAUUUUAAGAAAUAUCAAUGACGAUAAUGACUAUCUCUCGACAGAAGAAAAACCAAAUUUAAAAGAAGGAAAAGCAUUACAGAAGGCUAUGCUAAGGAAAUGGACUAGCCGUCUUGGAAGUACAGAAAUCAUGAAACAGCUUGAGGCUAUUACAUGCCAAUGGAAAGACACUUUUUCAGUACCCAAAAAUGAAAAUCACACAGCAUCAUUUGCUCAUGUUUUAGCGGCCGUUUUAUCUUUAAGGCGAUUGGUGUAUUUAAACUACACCAAGCUUAAUACAAUCCUGGAAGCUAAAUACGCCCAUGAGCUUGAAAAAAUGUAUUUUUCCUCUGACAAUGAACUAUACUUUCGGUCAGACAGCUCUGCAGACGAAGAACAGCAAGAGGAAAUAAAGACUAACAGUCAUAAAACAAUUGAUCCUGAAUUAGAAACAAACAUAAUACAAGCUUUAUGUAAUAUUAAAUCUGAAGAAGAUUACAACUGCUCUAGUCGUUUAAAUGAUUUUUACAGUAAUGAAAGUUAUAUGCAUAACAAGAAUCAAGUAUUAAGCCUGGUACAUUACGAAGUGUUUACGGCUGAACAAAAAAAAAAGUCAACAUCCAUCAACAGUAUCUUAAAUGACUACAAAUUAAUAAAAGUACUUUCUACGAAGCAGUUAAUUCAGUCUAGAAAGUGUUUGAAAAGGUCUGAUCUGUAG